AUGACAAACACCAUUCAAAAGCAAAAGCUCUUUUUGUCAUUUCCGCACUACGCCGUUGUCGGUGCCUCUACAGACCAGUCGAAGUUCGGCACGAAGGUUCUGCAAUGGUAUAUCCAGCGGAACAAGCCAGUAACUCCGGUCCACCCGUCGAAUGACGAGUUGGAGGGCAUAAAAACCAUACGGUCUUUAACUGACCUUCCGAACCCAACCGAGACGUCAUUGAGUAUCAUAACGCCCGCUAAGAUAACUAUCGAUCUGCUCAAGCAAGUCGAGGAGCUUUCGAUUCCUGCUGUCUGGUGCCAGCCAGGAGCAACUGAUGUUGCUUGCGUUCAGUACAUCAAAGACAACGGGAUGUCUGACCGUGUACUUUUCGAAGGGGAGUGUAUACUGAGGGAUGGUGACGGGGUCUUGCAGGCAAUGUUAUGA